GUUGUUCGCGGACAUUUUUGAAUUUCUGGCUGACGUUAGACCCGACGAAGAAGUCGUUUUCAUCUGUCUGUGCUAAGAUGAACCGACGUACUGGUAAUAGAUAUUCAGAGCUGCCACUUCGUGUGGCAGGGAAUAGAACGAGUAUGGUCAGCGCCACUCCUCAGAGCAAAGACCUCUUCGGUAAAUUAAGCCUAGCAAAAGGACAAGCAUCUGGAACAUCAGAACGAAGAACAAGCUUUUUCGGAAAUGCAUCCUCAGGAAACCAACGAAAUAGCUUCUUUGGGGCAUAUGGAGGUUCUGAGAAGAUCAAAGAUCCCCGGCCCUUACACGACAAGGCUUUUAUUCAGCAGUGCAUCAAACAGCUUUGUGAGUUUCUGUCAGAUAAUUCUUUCCCUGGGACUAUUACUGUCAAGUCACUCCAGUCACCCUCUACAAAGGAGUUCCUGAAGAUUUUUGAAUUUACCUUGAGUCUGCUAGACCCCACCUUCCAGAUGCCCAAUGCCAGAGUUGAGGAAGAAGUACCAAGAAUCUUCAGAGACUUGGGGUACCCUUUUGCACUCUCCAAAAGCUCCAUGUACUCAGUUGGAGCCCCGCAUACAUGGCCACAGGUCCUGGGGGCGCUAGUUUGGCUGAUGGACUCUGCCAGGCUCUUCAGCUGCUUGCGAGAGCAGGACCUCCUCUUCUCAGACUUCGCAGACGACAACACCGACGUGGAGGAAGGAGUCGAGUACAACAAGCUCUUCAUGGACUACUCCUGUGAGAGCUACAACAAGUUCAUGCAGGGAGCGGACAUGUUUGAUGAGGAGGAUGCAGAUUACCUGAAUGCGCUGAAGAGGCUUUACAAUGUGGAUGAGGAGCACCUGGCGUCUCAGUGGGAGAGGUACCAGGCCCUGGCAGAGGAGGUGGAGAGACUGGAGAAGGAAAGUCACAAGGAUCCACUCAUGAACAAACGCACUCAGAAACUCCACAUGCAGACAGAUCUGCAGAAGCUUCGGGAAUACCGCGACAAUCUGGAAGCUUUUAAAACCAAUCAAGACAACAAGGCUGCAAGUCUGACUGAAGAACUUGAGGCUACAACCUUGCAGCGCGACAGUCUGAAACAGGAACAGGCCCGGCUUCAGAACAUCCUGCAGAACCAGAAGUUCACGCCGGCCGACAUCGAGCGGAUCAACCGGGAGCGCAAUGAGCUCCAGCAGACGCUGGACAGCCUGAGCCGCAGCCUGGAGGAGACGCAGCAGCAGCUGUGGGCCGAGGAGAUCUCCGUGGCCAAGGCCAAGGAGGAGGCUGAGAAGGACCUGGCCGAGUACCACAAGCUCGCCCGUAAACUGAAGCUCAUUCCCCAGUCGGCCACUAAUGCCUGCGGACAUGACUUUGAGAUCAGAAGCCUUCGGGAUUACAGCAUGGCGGCCAUGACUGAAUACAAAGCACAUAUUCAGAAUCCCCUUAGAAACAUGAUAACAGAUGUAGAGGAUGAGUUCAAUAAGCUGACCAAUAAGAAACUGAGCCUGCAAGAGUCUUUGGAGCAGGUGAAGUCCAACGUAUCUGACAAAUCCAAUGACGUGAAGCAGUUGAAGGAACAGAUCAGGAGACUGGAUGAGCAGCUGGAGCUUGAUGUACAGGACAUUGCGGAUGAGGAAGAGAGGUGGGCAGCGGAUAUUGACUCGGCAGAAAGUCACAAGAAGCUUCUAGAGAAGAAGGUGAUGGAUGGAUACGAUGAGGCCAUGGAGCAGCUUAAAGCAGCACAGCAACAGUACCAUCUUGUCCUGCAAGAGACCAAAGAGGAGAGACGUACCGUCUCAAACAAUCUGGCCAGCGUAUUGGGGGUAGCAUUAAAUCACUUGGACAUUAUAGAAAAAAACAUCAGUGACCAGGCAGAAAGACUUGAUCGGUUACACAAGGAGGUCCUGCAGCAGGAUGAAGUGGAUCUAAAACAGAUGAAGGCAAUGAUGGCCAAUUACAUAGCAAAGGCCAACUCGUUCUGCAGCAAGACAAGCAGAUCUGAAACAUGAAGACCAUGGCGACCAACUCUUGUAAAGACAUUCCCAUUUCCUUUUAAGAGGGUUUGUGUGCAUAGUUGACUUGUUAAGAGAAGAUAGCCCAGGGACAGGAUAUUAUUCUAGGCUACAUGUAUUAUUUUGUUACUAAAAGGCAUAUAUGUUUGUUUUUCAUUUGUAAUGAUUGUUAACAUGUCAUGUUUUUGUAUUGGAUUGUGUUUGUAUUGCUAAAUACUGAUCCUUUCAUAGGUAUUCCACUUAUAAUUGAAUAAAUUGAUGACUUGGUAAAGCAA